GUGUGAUGUUCUCCUGAAAGUUAGACAAAAAAAAAACCGUGGGGACUGUGACCGUACUUUAGUUGCAUGAUAAAAACCUGUUUUUCCUUUUCUUAUUCUUCUCCACAUUUUGAACUUUGUAUUUGAAAAAAAUUAAAAAAUGGGAUUUAUCACUGCAGAAAUGAACUUGAACGGUACUCUUGAAAAGUACAAUAUUAUUCCAGAUGUUUUACCAAGUAAAGUAUCUCCUUCUACUUUAUUGCAAGUGGAUUACGGACCAAAGGAUGUAGCCCUCGGUAAUGAAUUAACACCCCAAGAUACAACCCAGCAACCGAGCAUUUUUUUUGUUGCUCCUGAUGAAUCAGCCUAUUAUACUUUGGUCAUGACUGAUCCUGAUGCACCCUCCGUACAAGACAAGAAGUUUGGCCCUUGGCGUCAUUGGGUUGUUGUUAACAUCUCAGGCUCGGAUUUAGAGACAGUCAAGAAGGCAGAGAAUCAGCACACGCCUUAUAUUGGACCUGGACCCGGAGAAAACACAGGAACACAUCGUUAUGUAUUUUUGCUCUAUCAACAAAAGGCCGGGAAACAAGACUUUAAGCCCAUGGAGCAUGAAGAAAAAGCUCAUCGUCGCCUCUUUCAAUUACGAGAAUUUGAAGCGGAGAAUCAAUUGGAAUUAGUCACUGCUAACUUCUUUACUUGCCCAACCUAAAAAUGAUACUUUCAUGGAAUAAAAACAGUGUGCAUGUAUGCUUCUUUCUUAUUAAAGAGAUUUUAUAUGUGUAUGAUAAA